AUGAAGUUCACUUUGGGUACCGCCUCCAUCCUCUUCUUGAGCCUCACCUCCGCUGUUCCGGCCGAGGACUUUGCCAAUCUUGAAGAACGUGAGGAGCCCUCCAACGCACCCAUUGACUGGGAUGGCCCGAACAACUAUGCGUCCAUCAAGUGCGGCAAAAAUAAUUAUGAUGGCCAUGAUAUUUACCUUGCCACGCAGCACGCCGUAAACCUGGGCCUGCUGAGCCCCCCUGAGACGCGAGGCGCGAAGAGCUACCCGCACCCGUUUGAAAACGAUGACAGCAACGGUGUGAAGCUGCACUUCCUUGCUCACUGCCCGGAGCACGACAUGCACCGGAAGGAGUACCCCCUCGUCAAGAACGGGCCUUAA